AUGUCUGCCACAGGGGAUCCAGAGCCAACCCAAGGGGACCAGGAGGCCCUGGUGAGCCAGGAGGGAGCGCAAGUCGAGGCAGCCGGAGCUGGUGACCGGGAGGGCAUUGAUUCCAGUCCCAAUAGUGGUAACGUGGUGCCCGUGGCUGAGAUGGCCGGAGACUCAGGGCCCAUGGAAGGCCUCAGGGUGGAGGAGGGUGAGCAGGCAGCAGACCUGGCUGCAGCCCCCAGGGGCAGGAGCGUCGAGGAGGACUCGGACAUUGGGCCGGUAGAGGAGGAGGAGGAGGAGGAAGAGGGGGACGUGGACCACAACCUCAAUUUGGUCGCGGUCGCUCAUCGCUACCCCAUGAUGGGUGUUCGCUUUGUGUUACUCGACUUGGUCUACUCCCUUCUCCGCCGCCUCUAUCACAACGACCACAUCGUGAUGGGGCCCCGUCACUGUGGCCGCCUGAUGGGGAUGGCCCGUGCUGCUGCACUCAAUCGCUCGGGCGAGCCCCGCCGGCUGGGGGCACCUCAGAGGCUGAGCGUGGGGACCCCAGGCCCAGAGGGCGAUGGCCAGGGCCUGAUCCAGGAGGCCGCGUCAGUCCCAGAGCCUGUGGUGCCGGCCGAACCCGACGAGAUGGCAAGGCAGCCUGCAGAAGAGCCAGCUGAGGAGGCCACAGAGGAGAAGCCUGCAGAGGAGGCCACAGAGGGACCGUCUGCAGAGCAACCGGCAGCAGAGGAACCGGCCGCAGAGGAACCAGCCACAGCCCCCAAAGAAAUCACUAAAUCGCAGCCUGAGAAGUGGGAUGAGGAGGCCCAAGAUGCUGCAGAUGAAGAAAAGAAAGAACAAGAAAAAGAAAAGGAUGUGAAAAACAAGAGGAAGAACUCCAAAGGGACCUAGACACAGCAGAGGGGAAGCAAGAAAAUCCAGGUAUCUGUGUAUAGCUUUGAGAAUCACUCAACUAUUCCUGGCAUUUACCUGUUACUGACAAUUUUAUUUUUUUCAAAACUUCCCAGUAAAUUAAUUAAUAAAAAGUUUAACAUUAGCUUUAAAAUUCAAUUUAAUUUACUUAAAAUGCUACUAGAAUUUUCAUGUACCUAGUAAUAUGAACUGCAAUGUGGUCUGAAAUAUACUUCAUGGCUACUCAUUUGUUCAUGUUGAGGUCUUUUGUCCUCUAGCUGCAAAACUGCUAACAAGUGGCAAAUGAAUCAGACCUACUACCAAGACCAAUAUUUGUGUACAAUAUUGGUUGCCAGACACAGCAGUUGCCAGACACAGCAGCUAACUAGGCUGGGCCAUGCAUUAGUUGGGCCUUCAUUACUUGACCACAGAAAUGCAGGCUCCCCAUAGUAACUAGGAGACAACUCCAAUGCUUUUUACAAAGUGACUACUAACA